ACGUGACGGGGCCGCCUGGGCCGCCGGGAUAUGUAGUCCGCAGGAGUCCGGCAUGAACGCCUUGAGCGCCAGGAUGCUGACGCGGAACCGGAGCCUGGGACCCGGGGCUGGGCCGCGGGGGUGUGGGGAGGAGCCCGCGCCUCCCCGGAAGGGAGAAGCUGCAGCAGAAGCAAGGAAAAGCCACAGCCCCGUGAAGCAUCGGCGGAAAGCACAGAGACUGUGUGUGGCCUAUGAGGGCUUGGACAGUGAGAAAGGUGAGAAGGCUAAGUCCCUCAAAGUGCCAGUCUGGGAGCCCCAGGACUGGCAGCAACAGCUGGUCAACAUCCGUGCCAUGAGAAGCAAAAAGGACGCACCUGUGGACCAUCUGGGGGUCGAGCACUGCUAUGACUCCAGUGCACCCCCAAAGCAGGUGCGCAGGUACCAGGUGCUGCUGUCACUGAUGCUCUCCAGCCAGACCAAAGACCAGGUGACGGCGGGCGCCAUGCAGCGACUGCGGGCGCAGGGCCUGACGGUGGACAGCAUCCUGCAGACAGAUGAUGCCACGCUGGGCAAGCUCAUCUACCCCGUCGGUUUCUGGAGGAGCAAGGUGAAAUACAUCAAGCAGACCAGCACCAUCCUGCAGCAGCGCUAUGGCGGGGACAUCCCAGCCUCCGUGGCUGAGCUGGUGGCACUGCCGGGCGUUGGGCCCAAGAUGGCACACCUGGCUAUGGCUGUGGCCUGGGGCACUGUGUCAGGCAUUGCAGUGGACACGCACGUGCACAGAAUCGCCAACCGGCUGAGGUGGACCAAGACAGCAACCAAGUCCCCAGAGGAGACCCGUGCCGCCCUGGAGGAGUGGCUGCCCAGGGAGCUGUGGCACGAGAUCAAUGGACUCCUGGUGGGCUUCGGCCAGCAGACCUGUCUGCCUGUGCGCCCUCGCUGCCAGGCCUGCCUCAACCAAGCCCUGUGCCCGGCCGCCCAGGGUCUCUGAUGGCUGAGCAGCUCCCGCCUCGGUGCUGCUGUGGCCAUGGUCUGUGAAGUGGCUUUACGCUUCAGGAAGCCACGCCUGUCGAAUAAAGCUUUGGGCUGUUUGCA